AUGUGUCUUGAGGAAGUUGACAUCUAUAUUGCGAAGAAUAAUUCAUGGAUUGAGAAUGGUAAUUCGUAUUGGUUAGAUAAUACUAAAUGUGAGGGAUAUGAAGAUAUUCUGGAAGAUUGUACCCAUCUUGCAUGGGGGCAAAACGACUGUAAAAGUAAUGAAGUAGUCGGGGUGCGCUGUGGACACACUGUGCGAUUAAUAGGACACCGAGGUCCAAGAGAUGGGCGUUUAGAAAUUCGUCAUAAUGGUAUCUGGAAGAAUGUGUGUGGUGAUGGAUUUGAUAAAAAGGUGGGGCAGGUAGUUUGUCGACAGUUGGGAUUUCUAGAUCCAGAUAGACUAGAUGAAGUUGAUAUUUAUGUUAAUGGCAAUAAUUCAUGGAUUAUCAACAAUGGUUCUUAUUGGUUGGAUGACGUGGAUUGUAAAGGAGAUGAAACCAGACUGCAGGACUGCAACAAUUUGUGGUUUGCGGAUGAUACAUGUAGUAGUGCUGAUGUGGUUGGUGUGAAAUGUGGUGAACAAACAAUACGUUUAGUAGGAGGCAGAGGGCCUGCAGAUGGGCGUUUAGAAGUCCUUCAUGAUGGUAUCUGGAAGAAUGUUUGCGAUGAUGAUUUCCAUAAACGUGCUGGACAAGUUGUUUGUAGACAAUUAGGAUUCCUCGACCCCGAUCAUCUUGAGGAAGUUGACAUCUAUAUUACGAAGAAUAAUUCAUGGAUUCAGAAUGGUAAUUCGUAUUGGUUAGAUAAUACUAAAUGUGAGGGAUAUGAAGAUAUUCUGGAAGAUUGUGCCCAUCGUGCAUGGGGGCAAAACGACUGUAAAAGUAAUGAAGUAGUCGGGGUGCGCUGUGGACAAACUGUGCGAUUAAUAGGACACCGAGGUCCAGGAGAUGGGCGUUUAGAAAUUCGUCAUAAUGGUAUCUGGAAGAAUGUGUGUGGUGAUGGAUUUGAUAAAAAGGCGGGGCAGGUAGUUUGUCGACAGUUGGGAUUUCUAGAUCCAGAUAGACUAGAUGAAGUUGAUAUUUAUGUUAAUGGCAAUAAUUCAUGGAUUAUCAACAAUGGUUCUUUUUGGUUGGAUGACGUGGAUUGUAAAGGAGAUGAAACCAGACUGCAGGACUGCAACAAUUUGUGGUUUGCGGAUGAUACAUGUAGUAGUGCUGAUGUGGUUGGUGUGAAAUGUGAACAAACAGUGCGAUUAACCGGUGGCCAAACACCUGCAGAAGGGCGUGUAGAAGUUUUACAUAAUGGAACCUGGAAAAACGUCUGUGAUCAUAAGUUUAAUAAAAAGGCUGGACAAGUAAUCUGUCGACAGCUUGGAUUCUUCAACCCUUACAGACCAGAUGAAGUUGAAAUCUAUAUAAGAGGUAACAGUUCAUGGUUAGACAUCAUUGGAGAUUAUUGGUUAGAUGACGUUGACUGUGUAGGAAAUGAAGUGAGAUUAGAAUUCUGUCCGCAUAGAACCUGGGGAGGACAUAAUUGUCUGUAUGAAGUAGCUGGAGUUAAGUGUGUUAAAACAGUGCGGCUUACGGGAGAUCAAGGAUCUGCAGAUGGGAGCUUGGAAGUUCUGCAUGACGGCACGUGGAAGAGUGUCUGUGCGGAUGGAUUUGACAAAAAGGCUGGACAGGUUGUUUGUCGACAAUUGGGAUUCCUCAACAUUAAUAGAACGGACGAAGUUAAUAUAUAUACUAUUCAAAGAAAGUAGGGGAUAUUUGAUUUUGGGGGCAUAAUACUAAAAUAUGCAAAUGACUACGAAAAAAGUCACUAUAGAACCUAACAGAAGAAACAUUUCCAGUUACAUGUGACGCCCAA